AAAUAUAAUCAAUGAUUUUAAUCGUAUGAAUAAUGAAAAAACAGAUGAUUCAUUAAAAUCAUUUUUAUUUACAUUUAAAAUUCAUAUUGAUCAAUUCAAUGAAAUUGUUCAUGAUCUUUAUCAACAAAUUACUAAUGGUUCAAAAGCUGUUGAUCAAUUAUUUAUUGAAACAAAUAAACAAAUGUGGAAUGAUAUUGAAAAACAACAAAAACAAUUACUUGAUGAUAUAUCAUCAAUAAAAAAUGAACAAAUUUUAACUGAUGAACAAUCAUUUGAUAAACUUUCUCAUUUAUUACAAAUUUUUCAUGUAGAAUAA